AUGGCUAGUGCAAGUACAAACUUGAUCAACCCUACUGCUUCUAUUCCAAUGCAUGCUGACAAACCUGAAAAUUUAAUAGGAGAAAUUUCAAGUGUUGGCAACAGAAGACAUACUCCUAAGUUGGAUGAGGGAGAACAACUUGACAAGGAAAAGGUUGCUGCCAUUAAUGCUUGGAAGCAUUCUGAUUUUCUUUGCCGAAAUUAUAUUGUCAAUGGUCUAGACGACACACUGUACAAUGUGUAUAGUACCUUGAAGACCAAUUUCAAGAAUUAUCUCAACCAUAAGCGCAAGGAAUUGCCACAUGAAGAUCUGAUCAUGCGAUUAAGGAUAGAGGAAGAUAAUAAGAUUUUUGAAAAGAAAAAUGGCAACAGUCCUAUGGUCUCCAAGGCUAAUAUUGUUGAAGAGGGAUCAAGGUCAAAGAAGCAAAAAUAUUUUGAAGAAGGAAAUGCUAAGCAAGGAAAAGGCAAAAAGUUCAAGGGCUAUUAUUACAAUUGCGGGAAUUUUGGCCACCGUGCAAGGGACUGUAAGAAGAAACAAAAGAAAGAUCAGAAGAAGCCACAAAAAUUCAAGAAGAAGAAGACCACCGAAGCCAACAUGGUUGAUAUUGCGGAAAAGGUUGAAGAUCUGAAUCUGGCAGCGGUGGUGAUGGAGUGCAAUCUGGUGGGAGAUAUUAAGAAAUGGUAG